CUCGGCAUGGUCAUUGCUCAGAAGGCGAUGGAGAUGGCAAUUGAAAAAGCGAAAACACAUACAUUCGGCGGGGUUGGGCUCCACCGUUGUGGACACGCCGGACGGAUGGGGACGUAUCCCCCACUCGCCGCGAACGAGGGGAUGAUCGGGCUUGUCUUCCUAAAUGGCGGCGGACGAUUUAUGCACCCCUUUGGCGGCACCUCCCGAAGACUCCCACCCAACCCAAUCGCAAUCGCAGUCCCGCGUAAAAAUGGUGAACCGUUGAUGCUCGACAUGACGCUGAGUGUUGUUGCAGGGGGAAAAAUACUGGUCAAGCGUGCGCGCGAUGAGGAGAUGCCAGAAGGUUGGAUGAUUGAUUCGGAAGGAAAGACGGUCACCGAUCCGAACGCUUUCAUAGACCGCCAUGACGAUACAGCGGUGAUGCCGGUGGGCGGUUUUCAAUUUGGGCAUAAAGGGUUCGGCUUAGGAUUUAUGAUUGACGCCAUCGCCGGUGGGCUUUCGUGGGCGGGUUGUAGUCGUCAAGAACCCACGCGUGGAGCAAGUGGGAUUGUAAUGCUCGCUAUCAAGAUUCAGGAUUUCAUCGAUCUUGAUGUCUAUCAGGAGGAGACUGAAUAUCUGACGGAAUGGAUAAAGUCCUCUGAAAACUGCCCGGUGUGGAUGAAGUGCUCGCUCCCGGCGAGUUUGAGGAACGGAACCGUGAACAACGUAUGAAAGAGGGCAUCCCAAUCGAAGAGAAAACGUGGGAUCGGUUGGUUGAGGCAGCAGCGUCCCAUGGCGUUUCAGCACCAGAAGUAUAGAGGUAAAAACGAACCUCACAUUGGGUGAGCCGUGCGGAAGUUUGAAAUUUUCGUAAGGCUCACCAAUAGUAAGGCGAUUAGCCAACGUUCAAACAGUAUCAAUUAGACUGGGAGAUCUGACUCAACUUGAUAACUAUUCUGGAGACAGGUCUGGAGACAGGAAAAUGAUUACGAAGUUUGGCUCACUAUUCGCAGGACAUGUUGAUCUGGAAGAUGUAGGACUUGAUGGUCCCCCUGUCAACAAGCGUUGGCUCUCCGAUGAACAUAUAGCAACCGUAUUCGAUAAAACCCAAGCCAU